AUGAGUACAAGUCAAGUCAUCGACUACAUCAUUCGCAAGCUCAUUGAAGCCUACGAAAACGACGAGGCCGUUUCGCUGGAUCGGUUAAAACUAGAAGCUGCAAAGCAUUUCGGUGUUAAUGGAGUACCAAAGCUCAUGGACAUAGUGGCUGCUGUGCCAGACGAAUACCGCGACGUACUCGUUCCACAGCUGCGCGUCAAGCCGGUACGCUCGUCGUCGGGAAUCAUCAUCGUUGCCGUGAUGUCGAAGCCGCACCGUUGCCCUCACAUCUACACGACCGGCAGCGUCUGUAUUUACUGUCCAGGGGGUCCCGACUCGUCUUUCCCGUACUCUGCUCAGUCCUAUACUGGGUUAGAGCCGACGAGUAUGCGAGCGAUUAGGGCGCGUUACGAUCCCUACCUUCAGGUACGCUCUAGGAUCGAUCAGUUGCAAUCGCUUGGUCACGCAGCUGACAAAGUGGAGUUUAUCAUUCAAGGCGGUACGUUCAUGAGUUUGCCUGCAGACUACCGGGAUUGGUUUAUUCGUAACCUUCACGACGCGCUCUCGGGACACGCGUCCAUGAGUGUUGCCGAGGCGGUCCGCUACGGCGAGCAGAGCGCCAGAUACAAGUGCAUAGGGCUCACCAUAGAGACUCGUCCAGACUUUUGCCAACGAACACAUCUAGACGCGAUGCUGCAAUACGGUUGCACCCGUCUAGAAAUAGGGGUGCAGAGCGUCUACGAGGAUAUCGCGAGACUGACCAAUCGGGGUCACACGGUUGAGGCCGUCAUUCGCUGCUUCCAGCUCGCCAAGGAUGCCGGUUACAAAGUUGUCGCCCACCUGAUGCCAAACCUCCCGGAUAUGGAUCGAGAGCGUGAUGUCGAGUGCUUCCGGGAGUUCUUCGAGAACCCGGCCUUUCGCGCCGAUGGUCUGAAAAUAUAUCCGACGCUGAUCCUGGCAAACACGGGCCUCUAUGAGCUGUGGCGAGCGGGAAAAUAUCGCAGUAUGCCACCUCCUGAGCUUGUUGAUCACGUUGCGGAGCUCUUGUCUCUAGUACCACCAUGGGUACGAGUCUACCGCGUCCAGCGUGAUAUUCCGAUGCCGCUGGUCACCAGCGGUGUACAGUUUGGCAACCUUCGGGAACUGGUGUUAGCACGAAUGCGCGACCUGGGACUACGUUGUCGAGACGUGCGGACUCGUGAAGUUGGUAUCCGGGAAAUCCAUGAAGCAGUUCGACCGCAAUCUAUUGAACUUGUUCGGCGCGAUUAUGUGGCGAAUGGUAGCUGGGAGACCUUCUUGGCCUACGAAGAUCCGGUACGGGAUAUUUUGGUAGCACUGCUUCGACUGCGGCGCCUCAGCAAAGAGACAACGCAUCGGAUGGAACUGCGUAUUGAAGACACAGCUGCCGGGGAUGAUUCGAGCAAUAGUGGCGUUGGGCAAGGCACCGGUUGCUCUGUGGUGCGCGAGCUCCACGUCUACGGGACAGUGGUGCCCGUUCACGAACGAGACCCGACUCGAUUUCAGCAUCGGGGCUUCGGUACGCUCCUCAUGGAAGAAGCGGAGCGGAUCGCUCGCGAAGAGCAUCGCAGCUGCAAGCUCGCGGUUAUCUCUGGCAUUGGCACUCGAAACUAUUAUCGCAAACUGGGUUACACACUCGAAGGGCCCUAUAUGGUGAAGUACUUGGCAGCGGGUACUGCGAAGGUCUCGCCCAGCGGUAUGUCCAGUUGUAUGGGCGAACAGAUACGCGCAGAUAUGGCUGUUUCCGUGUAG